AAAUAAAAAUCCAAACAAAAACGCCGAAAACCAAACCAUCGUCCUUGUCGCGUCUCCCUCUCGAUCAGCAGCAAGAGAUCCCUCGAUCUCGAUCCACCGGGGAGCAAUGCGGCGAAUCCUUCUCCUCCUCGUCGCUGUGCUCGUCCUCAUCGCUUCUCCCGCUAGGGCACUUUAUUCAGCAUCCUCCCCCGUUCUCCAACUCAAUCCCUCCAAUUUCAAAUCCAAGGUGUUGAAUUCGAAUGGAGUUGUGCUUAUUGAGUUCUUUGCGCCGUGAGUGUAGGCGCACUGUCGGGCUCUGACGCCCACUUGGGAGAGGGCUGCCACCGUCUUGAAAGGCGUCGUCACCGUCGCCGCCCUUGAUGCCGAUGCUCCUGGAGUCUCUCGCUCAGGUUCGGAAUAUGGAAUUAAAGGAUUUCCCACAAUAAAGGUGUUUUCACCUGGCAAGCCGCCAGUAGAUUAUCAAGGAGCAAGGGAUGUCAAACCUAUUGCUGAGUUUGCUCUCCAGCAGGUAAAGUCUCUUUUGAAGGAACGGUUAAAUGGCAAGGCGACUGGGGAUUCAAGUGAAAAAACCACAACAACCGCUUCAGUUGAACUGACUUCAAGCAACUUUGGUCAACUAGUCAUCAAAAGUAAAGAACUCUGGAUCGUUGAAUUUUUUGCCCCAUGGUGUGGACACUGCAAAAAACUUGCGCCUGAAUGGAAGAAAGCAUCAAAUAACCUGAAGGGGAAGGUGAAACUGGGCCAUGUUGACUGUGAUGCUGAAAAGUCCUUGAUGAGCAGGUUCAAUGUGCAAGGUUUCCCUACGAUUUUGGUAUUUGGUGCUGACAAGGAUAGCCCAUAUCCUUAUGAGGGGGCAAGAGUUGCUUCUGCAAUAGAGUCAUUUGCACUUGAGCAGCUGGAUACAAACGCUCCUCCGCCUGAAGUUUCUGAGUUGACUGGGCCAGAUGUGAUGACAGACAAGUGUGCUUCUUCUGCCAUAUGUUUUGUUGCUUUUCUCCCUGACAUCUUGGACUCCAAAGCUGAGGGAAGGAAUAAGUACCUCAAUCUUCUAUUAUCAGUGGCUGAAAAAUUUAAGAAGAGUCCUUAUAGCUUUGUCUGGACAUCUGCUGGGAAGCAAGUUGACCUCGAGAAAAAAGUUGCUGUUGGUGGCUAUGGCUACCCAGCUUUGGUAGCAUUGAAUGUGAAGAAAGGCGCAUAUGCUCCUCUUCGCAGUGCAUUUGAGCUUGACCAAAUUAUUGAAUUCAUGAAGGAAGCAGGCCGUGGUGGCAAAGGGAACCUUCCCUUAGAAACUUCACCUACCAUUGUCGAGACAGAACCAUGGGAUGGAAAGGAUGGCCAGAUUUUUGAAGGCGAUGAAUUCUCACUUGAAGAGCUAAUGGGAGGUGAAGAGGCAACUGACAAAGAUGAGCUAUAACAACCGAUUCAUAGAAUAAAGGAACAAAUUUGGCUGAGAUGUAUUUUUAGUGUUAAAAUUGAACAAGCUUUAGAAUCCUGUGUUCAACGUGGUUCACAAGAGCUGUUCCUCGGAUGUUGUUUGGAUAGUUUAGACGUAUUUAAUGUGUCCUCUUUAUGGAAUAUAAACAAUAUUGCAACAUGGAAAACUGUUUUUGUGAAGAUAAUAAGUUAUGCUAAUUAUCAUGGUCUUAAUUCUUAAGUGUUGAACUUUCAUA